AAAACAAAAUUAAAAGGCACACCACUGCUGUUGAUAAGAACUCAAGAUGAAAGAGAGAGACUGAUUACUGAGAAGGUGGCCAUCAUUCUGACUAGUGAAGAAAAUAAGCUCACUCCUCCAUCUGAUGGUAAUCUUGAGGUGUUUGUCAAAAGUAGUCUUCAGUCCGAAAUGCUUGCACAACUUCAAAAUCAAGGAUGCUGUUUAUGGGAGAAAGCCAGUGCAUCACCAAGCCCAAAAGACUGUGAUCUUUAUUAUGUGGAAUCUCUCUCUUACAUUAUUUCACCAUCCACAAUUAAAGCUGGCUCUAAAUUGAAACAUUUGUCUCAAGUGCCCUGCCGAUUAAAAACUCCUGAAAAAUGUUUGCCAAGAACAGUUGAAGACACAAGAUUUAAUCCAAUGGGCAAACAAAAUGAAAUAAUGACUGGUUUCUCACAAGAUAGUUUGAGUCAGCAAACAAAUGAAGAGGAAAGUUUAUUUUCAGAGUGUGGUAGGAGUGACAAUCAAGAAAAUAUUAACACCACUGCUCUUGCUAAAAAAUCUGCCACUGCUCUUGUGGAAAAAUCAAGUCAGUUUGUUCCUAGAUUUAUUGAUGAUUGGAGUGAUAUGCUCAAUAACAGUUCAAUGAGUGAUAUCAAAAUUCGUGUGCAAGGUGGUGAAGAGAUUUAUGUCCACGAGUUAGUUUUGUUUGUAAGGUGUCCUAAUAUUUUACUUGAUGUGAAGCAAGCAAAUGAUACAAUGAAGUACAUUAUAUGGGAUAAAAUAUCAUUUAAUUGUGCGUUUGCAUUCUUAGACUUCAUUUAUUGUGGCUCAACUUGCAAAAUUAAUGAUUUGAAGUAUUGCGCUGAUGAAAUAAUAUUUUUAAGUAUGAAGUAUUGUGUUGAAGAUUUGUGUUUUUAUUUGAAGUGUAUUAUGAAUGAAGAUAACUAUUUUGGGAUAGCUAAACGUCAAAACGGGAAUGAUACAAGUUCUGAUAUAAAUUCAAAAGUAGUAAAACAAUAUAAUUCUGACUUCAAUGAGGCUACAAUUGGUAAUUUUCAUCUUGCGUCAGCCUGUAAAACAAACAUAGAGAGAUCAAUAGAUCCUGUAUAUAAUGUGAGAAAGGAGAAAGAAAAGCUUAUUGAAAGUAAUUGUGAAAGUAGUGAUAAAGCUAUAUUUGUGGGUUCUUCCAAGAAAAAUGAUUCUCUUCAUGAAUCUUGCCUCUCUCCUGAUCCGUUUGUAGACUCUUGUGAUAAUGAAAUUAUAAAUACUUCCUCUACCAGGAAAAAUUCAUUUCCAAAUACUCAACAAAAUAUGGAUAAUCUAUUAGAAGCUUUGAAUAUGGAUGAAGAUGAGAAAUUUCAUCCAAUUGAAAUGAAAGGUAGAAGUAAAAUAGACUCCAAACUAUCAGGAACUUGUGGGUUUGUGAGGGAAUCAUCAGAAGUAGAAAUUGUUGAAGAUGAAAAAUAUGAUAUCUACAAUGCUAGUACUAUUAAAAAGAGAAAACAGUCUGAUUAUUGUGAUUCUCUUGAUGUGAAACAAAUUUGUACAAAUCAUAGAAAUUCUGUCCGAAAAUCUCUUCUCUCAAGUUUCUCUGGUGAAGGAGAAAACUUUUUAUCAGUUGAAAAGAUUGAAGUGAAAAUCAGUCAUAGUCCAAAAAUCUGCAAGAACAAUUCUCUAAAUAGUGUUGAAUCAGUAGGAAAAGAUUCAGUCAAUGGUUCUAAUGGUGGAAGUACUAAAGAAAUUAGUUCCAAGAAAGUAUUGAAAGAGGUUGAGAAUACAGAUGGUUCAAGUCCUAUGAAUGAUGUGGUCACAAUAGAAUGCAGCCCAAGCAUUAGCAGUGAAAAAUUGAGUGAUGCUGUUGACAAAGUUGAUACAAGUACGGAUUUACUAGGUGAUUUUUGUGCAGAUUAUGAAUAUCAAAAUUAUUAUGCAAAUUAUUCACCUUGUAGUGAGGAAAUACCAUUUCAACCCAAAUAUGGUGCUGAGAAAAGUGUCGAAAAUCCUGUCAUGGGGAAACAACAACUUUUCAAAACAGAAGAAACAAGUAAAUCACCAUUUUCUUCUCCAUUGAGUGUAAAAAGUUUAUCAAGAGCAGAUUCUUCUUUUUCUCACAGAACUAGACAUUCAAGGAAGAAACUUGCUUUGACAAGAACCAGAUCUAAUUCUGAUAUUUCUCUAAAUUACAAUGCUUUUUCACCUUCCCCUAUUUCAGUAAAGUGUUUAUCUCAAAGUAGUAUACAUUUAAAAUCAUCACACGAUACUAAUACAGAUAAAAAUAAAGUUCUGUCUGUAAGUGAUGUGGAAAGCGAUGAUCUAAAAAUAGGGAUUUCUUUAGAAAUUAAUGUGCCAUCUCCUGCAACUCCAUCUACUCAUGUUCAAAGGACUCCCAACAGGUCUUUAAAUUCUGUUAAACGACUGCUUGAAGAUUCAUUUACAGCAGAACAUGAGAGGAAUUUGCUGGCGAGAAAACUUGAUUCUGAAAGUUGGCCAUGUUCAACUCCAAACUCUACACAAUCAAAAAAGAAAGUUUUCAGUAAACAUUUACAAAGUAUCAAAGAUGGAGAUAAUUGUGUUACUCCCAUGGCAGAUUAUAGUGGCAUGGAUACACCAAUGUUAAAGAAGGAACUUCAAAAGUAUGGUUUGAAACCACUGAAACGGAAAAGAGCUAAACAAAUUUUGAGACACAUUUAUAAUGAAUUGCAUCCUUUAGUUCCUGUCCACUCAAAGGAUGGUAGAUCUCAUCCUGUCAGCAGUCCUGCAGGUAGUGAAAUGCCUUUUUCGUGCACAGAAAAACGGGCUAAAAAAAUGUCUAUACCAAAAAAAUCAAAAAAGAACAACAAAAUGGAUAAGGAUGAUGCUGCCACAGUUAGUUCUAGUGAGGAAGCUGAAAUUUCUUCAGAGAAUGAAGUUUCCUUUCCUUCUACGCAAGAAAGUUCAUCAAGCUCACAAUGCCAAUUUGAAGUCCUUGAAGACCCAGCAGAAGAUUAUGCUCUGACUCAGAUCGAUGUAUCACAAUUACCUGGUGUAGUUCUCAAUUAUAUUAGGAAAACUCCAGAGUUCCAUCAACAAGUGCUCUUAUAUGAACCUAUUUGGUUGGAACAACUCCAGGAAGGUCUUAAAGCACUAAGUUAUAAAUUCAAAUUAACACAGCUAAUGGAAUACCUUGAUGAGAAGUGCAUUACCUUUCGUACAAUUCAUGGGAGCAAAACAAAACAAAAGCAGAAAAAGAAGAAAAGUAAAUAAAAAAAUGUAUAAUUUUUGUAAGAAGUGAGAAAAAUUGAUGUGAAACAUUGAAAAAAGAAAGAAAAGUAUCAUUAAUGUCUAAUGGGUUCUGUUGAUCCUUAUUAUUUUUAAAAAGUUUGUUGUUCAUGGACUCAACUUCGGAAUGCAUUUUAAAUAAGUGGUUGAGUUAACUGCAAAUGUGUGUCUUAACAUAAAAACUUUGGAGAAGGGUGGUAGAAGAGCUAGUCACCUGAUAAGAAAUAAUGACAUAAUCUGAAGAGUAUUGCGUCUGCUGGGUACUGCUAAUAUUUACUAGAAAUCUACUAAAUGUAUAUUCUUAUUUUUUAUUAACAAAUUAAGAAUAGAAAGUUGUCUUUAAGAAUUAAAUUUCUGAUUAUCAAUGCUUGCUCAAUGUCAAUGUAACAAUGCCUUAUUCCAAGUGGUCGGACAUAUGGUCGUCAUAAAUUUACUAUGAGAUUAUUCCACUCGUGAAAUUAAAUCCAACAGUGUUCAACUACACCUAUAAAUGCCCCAAUCAGGGCAGUGUAUUUCAAAAAGUUUAUCGAGUUUUCUUACCGCUUCUCCCUUCUGACCUGACAUUAACUGUGACUCAUCUAUCUUACGAGGCGGUAUUCAUCGAUCGCUAU